AUGAAACCGAUUAUAAUGUCAGUUAUUUAUUCAACGCAACUUAUGCUUCAAUUAUCGGAACCUUUAAAGCGAUGCAUAAAAUUGAUUAAAGCAUUCACAAAAACUCAUUAUGCUGUUGCAAACUUUCUUGUAAUAUCUAGAAACGGUGUGAAAAACUCGAAAGGAUGGUGGAACGAAAGGAAACAUUCGUUGAAUGUCCGAGAAGUAGAUCAAGGUUUCACCACUAAAUAA